GUCAUUUCCGGCAGACGCUCUGCGUCGUUUGCGUCGUCACUUCCUGCCGAUACCGGUGUGGAGAGUGCGGGUCGCGGCUGCCCGGUUCUCCUGUUCUCCCCCUCCCCUACUUUUCCUCCCUCCCUCCCUUACCCUCCCUCGGCUACGGUGGCUCACCGGUGGCUCACUCCCUGACCCCUCCCUAACCCCCUCCUGACCUCCUUGCCGCCGGAUUGGCCUCCUUUCCCUGAUUUCCCGGCCCAGCCCCGGUGUCAGGGCGGGGGCCUUGAGGAGCCUGAGGCGCUGCAGCUGCGGAGAGAAAAGACGACGACGACCCUCCGCUCCCCAAUCCGGUCGCCGCCAUGGCAAUGAGGCAGACACCGCUCACUUGCUCCGGCCACACGCGGCCCGUGGUUGAUCUGGCCUUCAGUGGCAUCACGCCUUAUGGGUAUUUCUUAAUCAGCGCUUGCAAAGAUGGUAAACCUAUGCUACGCCAGGGAGAUACAGGAGACUGGAUUGGAACAUUUUUGGGUCAUAAAGGUGCUGUUUGGGGUGCAACAUUGAAUAAGGAUGCCACCAAAGCAGCUACAGCAGCUGCAGAUUUCACAGCCAAAGUGUGGGAUGCUGUCUCAGGAGAUGAAUUGAUGACCCUGGCUCAUAAACACAUUGUCAAGACUGUGGAUUUCACACAGGAUAGUAAUUAUUUGUUAACUGGGGGACAAGAUAAACUAUUACGCAUAUAUGAUUUGAACAGACCUGAAGCAGAACCUAAGGAAAUUAGUGGUCACACCUCUGGUAUUAAAAAGGCUCUAUGGUGCAGUGACGAUAAACAGAUUCUUUCAGCUGACGAUAAAACUGUUCGACUCUGGGAUCAUGCUACUAUGACAGAAGUGAAAUCUCUAAAUUUUAAUAUGUCUGUUAGUAGUAUGGAAUAUAUUCCUGAGGGAGAGAUUUUGGUUAUAACUUAUGGACGAUCUAUUGCUUUCCAUAGUGCAGUAAGUUUGGACCCAAUUAAAUCCUUUGAGGCUCCUGCAACCAUCAAUUCUGCAUCACUUCAUCCUGAGAAAGAAUUUCUUGUUGCAGGUGGUGAAGAUUUUAAACUUUAUAAGUAUGAUUAUAAUAGUGGAGAAGAAUUAGAAUCCUACAAAGGACACUUUGGUCCUAUUCACUGUGUGAGAUUUAGUCCUGAUGGAGAGCUCUAUGCCAGUGGUUCUGAAGAUGGAACAUUGAGAUUAUGGCAAACUGUGGUAGGAAAAACAUAUGGCCUCUGGAAAUGUGUGCUUCCUGAAGAAGAUAGUGGUGACUUGGCAAAGCCAAAGAUUGGUUUUUCAGAGGCAACAGAAGAAGAGCUAGAAGAAAUUGCUUCAGAGAAUUCAGAUUCCAUCUAUUCUUCAACUCCUGAAGUUAAGGCCUGAGCAUCAAGCAUGUGCCACAGAUAGUAUACAACUUAUGGACUAAAGUAAACAAACAGAGAAAAGCAUCAGCCUUCCAGAGUUACUCUCUGCUUAAGGAAAACACAGACAUAAAUAAUGGGGAAUAUACGAAUAGCUCCAGUGUUGGAACAACUAACUUGGCGUUACCUGUAAGUGAAAACUCAAGAGUAUCAGAUGAAUGCAGGUGGAGUUAUGCUCUUGUAUGAUGGCCUGUUGUCUUUUUAAAAAUGAAUGUGUGCAAGCCAACAUCCAAUUUCUCAUAUUACAGUUAGAUUUCUUGUAGCUGUUUAUGUUAUUAUGGAGAAGAAAAAUAUAUUGACUUAUUUUUCUGACUUUUCCAUUAAAGCAGAAUGCCUUUUUUUGUUGUUUUUUGCUUUAGUCAUAAAGAAGAGGGAAUACAUGAUAAAGUAACGGGUUUGAUUUCUCUUUCAUUGUACACUGCUUCUGAACAUCUAAUUGUUUUUAGUUGUCUAAAUAAAAUGCCUUUAAAACAAAA